CAGCUCCCUGGACCUCAGCAGGAUGACAGAGAAGCUGAAGACCACCAAGAUCAUCUUUGUAGUGGGAGGGCCUGGCUCAGGGAAGGGCACCCAGUGUGAGAAGAUUGUCCAGAAGUAUGGCUACACCCAUCUCUCCACCGGGGACCUCCUUCGGGCCGAGGUCAGCUCAGGCUCAGACAGGGGCAAGAUGCUGUCAGAGAUCAUGGAGAAGGGCCAGCUUGUGCCGCUGGAGACGGUGUUAGACAUGCUCCGAGAUGCCAUGGUGGCCAAAGUAGACACUUCCAAAGGCUUCCUCAUUGACGGCUACCCACGGGAGGUGCAGCAGGGAGAAGAGUUUGAGCGGCGGAUUGGACAGCCCACACUGCUGCUGUAUGUGGACGCAGGCGCCGAAACCAUGACCCAGAGGCUCCUGAAGCGUGGAGAGACCAGCGGGCGUGUAGACGACAAUGAGGAGACCAUCAAGAAUCGGCUGCAGACCUACUACAAGGCCACAGAACCCGUCAUCGCCUUCUACGAGAAACGUGGCAUUGUGCGAAAGGUCAAUGCUGAAGGCUCUGUGGACAGUGUUUUCUCCCAGGUCUGCACCCAUCUGGAUACCCUGAAGUAGCAAAGUUUGGAGUCUUCCCCAGCUCAGAGUCCCACCCCUCCCUAUCUGACUCCAGGCUGUCCUGGCCCAAGCCCAACACCUCCACCCUACCCGGCUGGAGCACAGACAGAGGAAGCUACGUUAUCCUGUUUUCAUGGACAGCCGAGCACUAAAGGAAUUUCCAAGGAC